AUGAAGUCAAUCGCGCCACUAUCGCCACUUGAUAUGCCCGUCAGGACCAUAUCCCCCUUGGCCGUGGAUACCCUCCAAAAUACCCCCCGGCGCAAAACCCUCAGCACUCCACCAGACACCCCGAUAACAGACUCGGACAUUGAAUCGCCUACCCUCAAUAGCCAUGGGAGCGCAAUUAUCGAGUUCCCAUAUGAUUUGGAUAUCGCACGCGACAGUAAUGGGAAAUACAUCGAAUUCGGCCGCGGGGUAUGGAGCACAGUCUACAAAGCGACACUGUCUACUACUGUCGCCGCGAAGCCGGUGAUGGUGACGCCACCGUCAUCACCAGUGACUAAGUCAACGUCUUCCUCGCGGAUUAUGGCUGUUAAAACUCCUCUACGUCGUGAUGCGCAUGCAGUCCUCAAGAGGGAGGCAUAUAUCCUAAGUCGAAUCAUGAAGGACACUGUUGGUGAAGAUGUUGCGGUCCCGUUUUAUGGGUAUAUCCCAUCAUCCCAUUCUCUCGUCCUGGAAGCAUGCCCCCUCUCAUUAUCAGCACACAUCGAAUCAUGCGCCGACUCAGCACGGAAAUCAUUCUCGACCAAGACCAUGUUUGAGCCUGUGACGCCUCACUGGUCCGAUUUGGCGAAGCGACUUAUUAAAGGGUUGGAUUGGUUACAUGGAAGUGUUGGAGUUGUGCAUGGGGAUAUAAAACCGCAUAACAUCUUACUCAGACCGAGCCACAGUUCUGAGGGGAAUGAGAUGGAGUACGACGCUCUAUACGCGGAUUUCUCAUCUGCGCAUCUUAUGUCCUCUCCUUCCUCUCCUACCAAUACAACGGCAGAAGCAAUAACAGAAGAUCCAGGAGCCGCCGGCGCAAGCGCAGCAUUAACACCCCCCUUCGCCGCCCCCGAACUCCUAACCCUCUCCGCCAUAAAAUCACCCACAACCCUCUCCACCCCCUCCUCAGACAUCUUCGCACUCGCUCUAACCCUCCUUGCCGCCGCAACGGGUGACGUACUCGUCUACCCGGGAACAAGCGAAAUGCAACGACUCGCAAUGUCGCGUGAGGGUUGGAGGGCGCUGGAUUAUGUGUCUAGCGGAAGUAAUGCGUCGCGAUUGGGUGGGAGGCAUGGAUUGGUGCGUAGGGUUGUUGAGAAGGGGGUUGCGAGGGAGCCUGAGAGACGGGUUGGGGCGGGGGAGUGGUUGGAUUUAUUGGAUUGA